AUGUCAGAGACAGUGCUAAUGAAGUCCUUUGCGUGCAGACAUGCCUCAGCCGAGGACAUUAAAAAGGCAUAUCGGAAACUGGCCCUGAAAUGGCAUCCAGAUAAAAAUCCUAAGAAUAAAGAAGAAGCGGAGAGAAAAUUCAAGCAAGUGGCUGAGGUGUAUGAGGUGUUAUCAGAUGCUAACAAACGGGACAUCUACGACAGAUAUGGCGAAGAAGGAUUAAACGGUGGUGGUGGAGGUGGAAGUCACUUUGACAGUCCAUUUGAGUUUAGCUUCACAUUCCGAAACCCAGAUGACGUCUUCAGGGAAUUUUUUGGUGGAAGGGACCCAUUUGCUUUCGACUUCUUCGACCCAUUUGAGGACUUCUUCGGGAAUCAAAGAGGCCCCCGUGGGAGCUGGAACCGAGGAUCACGGUCGUUCUUCUCUGCUUUCAGUGGAUUUCCUGCCUUUGGAGGGGGAUUUUCUUCUUUUGAUACAGGAUUCAUGCCCUUUGGUUCACUAGGUCAUGGAGGCAUCAUGUCUUUUUCUUCCGCGGCAUUCGGUGGUGGUGGGAUGGGCAACUACAAAUCUGUAUCAACUUCUACUAAGAUGGUUAACGGCAGAAAAAUCACUGCAAAGAGGAUUGUCGAGAACGAUCAGGAAAGAGUGGAAGUUGAAGAGAACGGCCAGUUAAAGUCCUUGACAAUAAAUGGUAACGAGCAGCUGCUGCGCUUGGAGAACAAGUAGCUCCCGGCCCGCGCGGCACAGGAACGUGCCGCGUAGCGGGCGCCCCGAGGCCUGGCAGGUUUCAGACGAACUCGCCUUUUCGUAUAACUGUACCUGAUCUAACGUAUUUAUACACAGCUCAUCGGAGCCCUGUUUGUCAUAGACUUUUGAGUUUAUUGUUGGGACCACAUGAUAGGACCUUUUUUUGUCUUUAAUAUUGUAAAUCUCUGUAUGCACUUUGCUUUUUUAUUAAACAUAAUUCAACGCGGCCAUGACUCUUUCGUACACUGACACCAGCCCGGGCCUGCUUCCCAUUGUGCUUGCAACGUGAGCCAACUAGUGUAAGCCUGCUGUGAAGUUAACAUUGCCAGGACGAACCUUCCACAAAAGUAAUUCCAGUUUUCUUCAGUAUUUCCAGUAGUGAAAGACAUUCUUGCGUUAAUGGUAACACAUUUCUGGUUUAAUAUGAAUUGAGGAUGUUUUCUAGUUGUGCAUGAAUGCUGGCAACUUAGUAAGUUUUGAAAAUUGUUUAGGUAUGUAAUGUUAAGCUUAGGUUUAAAAAAGUAAAGAUGGUAAACUGGGUCUUUGUUAUUUGCUUAAAAAAAAGAAAAUAAAUGCAAAUGUGUUUGGUGCA